AUGCCUUCCCUCAACAUCAGACUCAGAGGUCACUUUACCAUAAGUCACUUCCCAGAACAGAAGAUGGGUGGGAAGUCGCGCAAUGAGGCCGUGCUCGAUGCUGUAAUGAAGGCCAAUCAGCAUGCAAAGGCUGUUGGUUUUGAUACGGCUACACCGACGGAUAUCAAGGAACUUGAAGCCCAGCCUGCGAGUCCUUCGGGUUAUCUGCAGAGGCCUAUCUAUCGUCAUUCCAGUGGGGUGAGCUUGACGCCUCAGGAUAUCUUGAUUUAUUGUUGUUUGGAAAUUUCUUUCGAAUGUGUGUCCGAUCUUGGAUCUACGGAUCGAUCUGGUAAUACUCCUAGGCUCCUGGGUUUGAUGUGGAGAGUUGGGAGUCGUGCUAGUCAAUCAUUGCUCACAGAUACGGUGGACUUUUGGAUUCAGCAUGUUUUGCACUUGAUUAAGAAAUUGACAUACACGCAAUCUUUGAAACUGGUCGCCUUUACUAAAUGA